UGUGUGUGUGUGUGCGUCACAGGUGCCCGAUAAUUCGAUCGUGGCGCUGGUCCCUAAGCAGGUGACGGCCUACAACUCGGUCAACAACUCCACCGUGUCCAGAACCUCCGCCAGUAAAUACGAGAACAUGAUCAAGUACACAGGCAGCCCGGACAGCCUGCGCUCCCGCACCCCCAUGCUGAGCCCCGACCCGGAGAGCGGGGUGAAGGUGUGGCACCUGGUGAAGAACCACGAGCACGGGGACCAGAAGGAGGGCGACCGUGGCAGCAAGAUGGUCUCCGAGAUCUAUCUCACCCGCCUGCUGGCCACCAAGGGCACGCUGCAGAAGUUUGUUGACGACCUGUUUGAGACCAUCUUCAGCACCGCCCACCGCGGCAGCGCCCUGCCGCUGGCCAUUAAGUACAUGUUCGACUUCCUGGACGAACAGGCCGACAAACACAGCAUCCACGACCCGCACGUGCGCCACACAUGGAAGAGCAACUGCCUACCUCUGCGUUUCUGGGUCAACGUGAUCAAGAACCCCCAGUUUGUGUUUGACAUCCACAAGAGCAGCAUCACCGACGCCUGUCUGUCCGUCGUGGCCCAGACCUUCAUGGACUCCUGCUCCACCUCAGAGCACCGGCUGGGCAAGGACUCGCCCUCCAACAAGCUGCUCUACGCCAAGGACAUCCCCAGCUACAAGAGCUGGGUGGAGAGAUACUACUCAGACAUCGGAAAAAUGCCUGCAAUCAGCGACCAGGACAUGAACGCCUACCUGGCGGAACAGUCCCGGAUGCACAUGAGCGAGUUCAACACCAUGAGCUCCCUCAGCGAGAUCUACUCCUACGUGGGAAAAUACGCAGAGGAGAUCGUGUGUGCUCUGGAACAGGACGACGGCGCCCGGAAACAGAGGCUGGCCUACAAGCUGGAGCAGGUGGUGGCCUGCAUGAGUAUAGAGAGCUGAGGACUACAUUUCCCAGGGCGCACUGGGAAGAGACUAGACCCCGUCCGAAAACCGAGCCGUGCCUGAGUGAAGACCUACCCUCAUAUAUCCUUAUCUUCAUCAUGUUGACUUCCUCCUCUCCUCUGCUUCUUCCUCCCGUCUUCAAGACGAAGACGUCCUCCUUGGCCGACGACCCUUUAUUCUUCCACUUCCUCUUCUUCUUCAUGCUCUCGUCUCUCUCGCAGAAGCAGAAGGCCGUCCGUUGUUUUAGUUUUUCCUCAUCCGCUCUGCUUCAUAGACUAGUCGACCUAUCGGUGGUGGGGGACCCCCCCGGCCCCCGCUCUCCCCGGUGGUGGGGGGGGGGGGGGCCCUCGACUCCGCCCCCCGCAGGUUGGAGCUCCGAGGGGAGUGGAAGAGGGGGGGUUGUGGGACUGGGGGCGGGAGGGGGUGGCUGGGCUGCUUUACACGCUGGCCAUAUUGGCACACUUUAUUUUUGAAACCUGUCAUAGGUUGGAGAAAAAAAGAAAAGAAAAAAAAAACAUUUUACGUUGCCUUUCAAAAAGUGACACAAAGUCUUUGAGGAGCGGCCGAAGACGUCGACGGCUGUUGUCAGCUUUUUUUGUCAAGAACUUUCUUUUUUAAUUUUUAAGGAAUAGAGUAGUUAUGUCUAGAGUCCAGCUUACUGUAGUGCUAUACACAAUAUAUGGAAUCAAAAGAAAUAUGUCAAAGAUUAAGGACUAGCGAGUGAAACGCGAAACUAAAAGAGCGGAGGGUUUCUGAGUUUACACUGUAUCUACGAUUAAAGCAUACAUAUCUGCUAGAGUUUUCAAGAGUACAAAAAGAGGCGAAGGCUGGCGUUCUUUUGCGAUGUAGCUGGAACUGUAUUUAAGUCAACGAACUGACGGGGUAGUAGAGAGAAAAGGUCUCAACGCUGCCCUUUAUUAAGAUAGUGACAAAAACCUAGAAACUUUAUAAGACCAGAGUCUCCUCAUCCCCUGUCUCCGCCUUUACGAUAUUAGCACACUGUUUCCACCCUCCUUUACAUUGGAUGACCCCCGCCCCAGUCCGGUCUCUGGUAUCACGGCUAGCUGUGAAGGGAGCCUUUGUCCGGUGAACAGAACCAGAGGGUCCGAGGCGGUACCGAGGUGGAACCUCUGAGAGAAGCACACAAAAACCAACUCUGGACCGUAGCGCCGGGCGCUGGUCCGAUUAAACCGAGAGCCUCUUCCUACUCGCGUCGUCCAAACUGCGACGGCGUAUCAAAGCACACGAGAAGAAAAAACACACAAACACACGCGUAAACACACAGAGCAGCUGCCCAACACCCUGACAUUCUGUCGACGUCUACUUUGCCUGUGGAAGAGGGAGGGAGGGAGGCGUCACUGGGAAAGCUAACACGAGAAUACGAAAAAAAGACUGUUGGCACGACUGUGGAACUUGAAUUGACAGGUUCUACCUGAGCGUAGCCGCUGGAGUGCUGCCUGUAAGGGGUUCUGCUUGGGGGGGAAAGCACGUAUUUUACACAAUGCUGUUGUGAAAUGACUUGUGGGGAGAUAGCGAACAAGAUGGACUUUGUUGGUCAGCCAAAACCAAAGGAGCUUGAUAUUUUCUUUUUUUUUCUUUAUUUUUAAAUGGUCAAAAAAUGUGUGUGUUGUCAAGUUCCACGAAGGAAAAUUAUGAAUAAAGACUUUGUGGAAGACAGCUUACUACCCCAACGAUGAAAAAAGAAAAUUUCUGACCAGAAGUUGAAAAAAAAGAGCAAAAACCUGUGUGAUCAUUCUGACCUCAGUGUGCUGAGAGCAGAGGCCUUUCAAUGAGUCUCUGUCUCCCCCUUCCAUCCAAGGUCUCUCUCUCUCUCUCUCUCUCUCUCUCUCUCUCUCUCUCUCUCUCUCUCUCUCUCUCUCUCUCUCUCUCUCUCUCUCUCUCUCUCUCUCUUCAGCACACCGUCCACCCUCCUGUCCAGCUCCCACCUCUUCCAGUUCCAUGUUUUUAGUUUUGCACAAGCGUCGGAGAGUGACUAGGUGGCGUCAGCGGCAGCACUAGCCCCGCCCGCCCAGACUCUAGCCCCGCCCGCCCAGACUCUAGCCCCGCCCACCCAGACUCUAGCCCCGCCCGCCCAGACUCCGCCUGUGUACCGUUCAGAGGCUCUCUGUCUGUGUUAGUGUAGUGGUCCUCCAGUGGCAGGGGGGCCGCCUAUCUCCAAGCCUUAAACAGAAAAAACAACAACAACAACACUGAGUUCCAGAACGGGGAGUGAGCGAGUCGUGGACGACAAACUUUAUAAAGUAGAAGAUUUAGAUCCAUAAAAUAAUAAAAACCCAGACCUGUUGGAUGUGAACCCCCCCACCCCCCUCCCACCACCCCCCCCUCCUGGACGGGAGAGAGCGAUAGAGGGACGACCAGGCCUCCCUCCUUUCUUUACUGACCUCUGACCUUUCUUUUGCCUUGACACCGUGCCCCAUGUGGUGAUGUGAAUGUGUGAAGACCAGCCCUCGGUCGUCCCUGGGUCCUUUAUUGGCUUUUUAAGCGCAUGUAAACAUAAACGAUUUAAGAAUCUUUAAAAAAAAUAAAAAUACGAAAACUGAGAGAAAAAAAAACGGGAAAAAAAACUGAAAAAGAGAAAAUUAAGCCUUGCAAUGAUGAUGUGGAUGUGUUCUUUUCUCUUUCUUUUGCUUGGAAGAAUCAAGAUGGAAAACGAGUCGAUUGUUUAUGUUAUAAAAACUAUAACUUUCCGUUUAAGGUGGAACCUUUAUCUAGUUCGCCCCCCCACCCCCCCCAACCCCCCCUGUCCCCCUACCACUUCAACAACAGAUGUGUUGGAUGCUAAAUAACUGAAGUGAUAAUCUGAAGAAGAAGAAAAAGACGGAUAUUAUAUACCCUUGCAUGUUGACCUAUUUGGAUGUUAUGAAAUGGAACUGCCUUGCUAUCAAAGCUAUUUAUCUACUUCUACUGGGGACUUUGAAAUGGCUCACAAGCAGAUGGUUCCUUGUCGGAUAAUCAUGGGUUGAUCAGAGAAAAUUGCAACACGCUUACCGUUCAUCCAUACUGCAUGUCUGUCUUGUGAUGUUUGAUGAUUAUUUUCUCGUUUGGUGUGUAUUCAUGUUUAGUUUCGAUAGACUGAAUUUACCCCUCAGAGUCUUGCUCUACCUUUGCUGCUACCCCGUCUACACAAAAGUGUUGUCCUCUGAAUUUAAACAUUUACGUUUUUUUAAAUGUCCGCCCCCCCAAUGUGUUUAAGGCAAAAUGUUCGCUGUACAGUUGUAUAGAUGUUUGUUGAUCCUUUCACUCACUUUCACCCAUCAUUUUACUCCAUAACAGAACAGUAUAGUGUGGCCAGAACAUUGUUGGCAAGUACCAAAAAGAAUGGAGGUGCAGGGAGGAGAUGCGCGUUGUGCGUAAACCCCGCCGGCUGUAGAUCAUCUCCCACACGCUUCGUAAAUAAGAACCAUUACAGCGUUAAUGUCAAACGUUUGAUUCUGUUUGAAUGUGUUGGUUUUCUGUCACCACGCUGGUCUGUUUCUAAGCCAUUGUGCUGAACAGAUGUGCUCAGUGUGACCAUGAGGAGCAGCACUCCGGGUUUUUCUCGAAACAUUUUAUCGAUUCAGCUCUCGAGAAAAACAAAUAACUAAUCAAUAUGAGCAUUGCCCCGUUGGAACAAACGUUGUCAAAACACUUUAUUACCAAGAGCUCUCAGCUCACGGGAGAGUUCAGGCACAUUGCAGGCCCUCUAAAUUAACGUCUUAAACGAAAGUCUUUGGCCAGCAUCGUGAAUCUACCCCUGCACACUUUUACUCUCUGAGCUCCAUGUUUACCAUGGCAACCCCCCUUCCCCAAUCCCCCCCCCAUGACCCCAACCCCACCAACCUGCGCGACUUAAAGGUCUUGCCGCAUCGUGAUGCUAAGGGCGUCGAUAAAGCUUCCACCUUCAAACGUUUCUGGAAGGAACUGCAAAGCGUCCUCCUAUAGGGUCAGUGUUACAGCAGGUGUUGCAGAGACAUACUAGAAGAAUACUUUUGCUAGACCAUAUCCGAGAGUUAAAAAAGAGUAUGUUAUGGAGAGACGAAGUCCAAACGCAGGGGGUAAAGGCAAGCUUCUCUAACUUUGUUAUAAUUAAUUGUAUACCUGUGUAUGUAAAUAUAAUGCAUUCCUAUUUUGCAGUCAAGAACAAAAUACUAUUUGUAAUAUAGAAUAAACUUUAUUAUGAAACCAAGGA